AUGAAGUUCUCUACUACUUCCAUCCUCUUCCUCGCCCAAGGCAUCGCCGCUAUGCCCUGGUCUUCCGGCAAAGCAAAUGAAGACAUCACUCUCCACAUCCAAGUCUCGCAGCCUUACUCGUAUCACUCCAAGAGCUCCGCGCCCAAGGGAGCUAUCCAUCCUGAGAACUUCCAGGUCUGCUUGAGAGUGUGCUGGCCCUCAGUGCCCACCUGCCCUGAUGGCUGGGUGAGUGUCACUUAUCCCAUCUUUUACCUCGGUUCAAGAGAGUGUCUAUCGCGUACAAAGCUGACAAAUUCGCAGGGCACUGGCGAUAGCCCAUGCUGGACUUGCUGCAAGGCCCCCAGCGACAACUUUCAGCUCUAA